AUGAUCAGGCCUUACCCGAGGCGUGAGCCACUCCAGAGUAUUGUGACGUGGGACGAGCACUCGUUGUUCGUGCACGGCGAGAGAGUUCUGUUCUACUCGGGCGAAUUUCACCCGUUCCGACUACCAGUCGUAUCGCUCUGGCUAGACGUAUUCCAGAAGAUCAGAGCGAUGGGGUAUAACGGCGUCUCAGUCUAUUUCCAUUGGGCACUUCUUGAAGGCAAGAGAGGCGAUUUCUCGGCGGAAGGAAUCUUCGCCCUCGAGCCAUUUUUCGAUGCAGCCAAGAAGGCAGGAAUCUACAUCCUUGCUCGUCCGGGACCGUAUAUCAACGCAGAAGCCUCUGGUGGUGGAUAUCCUGGAUGGCUACAGCGUGAUGCGGGAAAGGUGCGAACGAGAGAUCCUCGAUACCUUGCAGCAACGGCCAACUAUAUCGCGAGCAUGUCGAGAAUCAUCGCCAAGCAUCAGAUCACGGAAGGAGGCCCAGUGAUUCUGCUUCAACCUGAGAACGAGUACUCGCAAGCCACUGCGAUAACGCCAGAAUUCCCGGACUCGGUCUACUGGCAGGCAGUUGAGGAUCAGUACAGAAGUGGUGGGAUAACUGUGCCUUUCAUCUCGAACGAUGCGCACCCAAAUGGCUACUUUGCGCCAGGACCUCCACAAAGGUACAAUGCUACAGUUGACAUUUAUGGCCAUGACGGAUAUCCUUUGGGCUUCGACUGCGCGAAUCCGUACAUCUGGCCUGAUAACGGUCUUCCCACGAACUACCACAACGUCCACCUCAACCAAAGCUCCAGCACUCCUUACGCACUUGUCGAAUUUCAAGGCGGUAGCUUCGAUCCAUGGGGCGGCCCUGGAUUUGAUAAAUGUCUAGCUCUUCUGGGAUCCGAAUUCGAGCGAGUUUUCUACAAGAACGAUUUCAGCUUCGGAGUGACAAUCUUCAACAUUUACAUGACUUAUGGCGGCACAAAUUGGGGCAACCUUGGUCAUCCAGGAGGCUACACUUCUUACGACUAUGGUGCUGUCAUUGCCGAGGAGCGCCUUGUCAAUCGUGAGAAGUACUCUCAAGCCAAGCUUUUGGCAAGCUUUCUCCAAGCAUCGCCUGCAUACUUGACGGCCAUUGCCCAGAACAACAGUAAUGCGAACGGUUCGUACACCGGCAAUAAUGCACUUGCCACGACCGCACUGCUUGGCAACGUCACAAACUUCUUCGUGGUGCGCCAUGGGGCCUACAACUCGCUCGACACGACUGAGUACAAGAUCACGCUCCCAACCAGCAAGGGAAAUAUCACCAUUCCACAGCUUGGUGGUAGUCUAUCACUACACGGCCGAGACUCCAAGAUAUACGUUACUGACUACGAUGUCGGUGGCUUCAACCUUCUCUACUCAACUGCUGAGAUUUUCACGUGGAAGCAAUACACUUCUGGCUACAGCAAGAAGACUGUGCUCGUUAUAUACACUGGUCCUGGGGAAACAAACGAGCUCGCUGUCAUAGGAUCUGGCGAUGCUAAGCUGUCGUUAGGCGAAGGAGUCGAGAUUGCUGCCAAGAACGGUGCGACUGUGCUCAAGUUUGACACCAGCUCCGGCAAACGACUCGUCUCAUUCAGCAACGGCUUGGCGAUCCACAUUGUUGAUCGCCAGACUGCGUAUACGUUCUGGACAGCCGAUACAGAUUACAAACCCCAGGUUUCCUCGCCCAUCAUCCAUGGUCCAUAUCUAGUGCGCUCGGCAAAGGUUGAAGGAAGCGACAUGCACAUUUGCGGGGAUCUCAACGCAACCUCUGCCCUCGACAUCAUCGGCGGAGCCCCAGAGCCAUUAGGAAAGUUGACCUUCAAUGGCAAGCAGGUGUCCUUCAAGCAAGGUGGUGGUAUAGUGUUGGCGACGGCCGAAUACACGAAGCCAAGCAUCACCAUCCCUAAACUUUCUUCGUGCAAUUGGAAAGUCAUCGACAGUCUCCCGGAGAUCAAGGCCGACUACGAUGAUAGUGCCUGGAAGAGUGCUGAUCUGACCUACAGCAACAACACUAACCGAAACCUGACUACUCCGACGUCACUCUAUGCUAGCGACUACGGAUUCAACACCGGCAGCCUGCUCUAUCGUGGCCACUUCACCGGCAAGGGCAAAGAGUCCAGCCUCUUCCUGGCCACUCAAGGUGGAUCUGCUUUCGGCCACUCCGUCUGGCUGAACGACAUAUUCAUCGGCUCUUUCGCUGGAGCAGACGUCUACACAAACUGGAACGCAACCUACACCCUCCCCGCCACUUCAGGCUCUGCCGUAUUGACCAUCCUCAUCGACAACAUGGGCCUCGACGAGAACUUCCGAGCCGGCACAAGCGAAAUGAAAGCGCCCAGAGGUAUCCUCGACUACAGCCUCUCCGGUUACGAGAAAUCCGACAUCAAAUGGAAACUAACCGGCAACCUCGGAGGCGAAGACUACCAAGACCGCGCUCGCGGCCCUCUCAACGAAGGCGGCCUCUACGCCGAACGCCAAGGCUACCAUCUCCCGGGUUCUCCCACCUCUUCCUGGAAAUCCAGCCCCGGCCCAACCGAAGGCCUCACCUCCGCCGGCGUAGCUUUCUACACCACGUCCUUCGACCUCAAUCUGCCCGAAGGCUACGAUAUCCCUCUCUCCUUCUCUUUUGCCAAUUCCAGCACCACCACGGGCACCCUAGCCACCGCAUACCGCGCACAAAUUUUCGUCAAUGGGUACCAGUUUGGGAAGUAUGUGCAUAAUAUCGGACCGCAGGACUCGUUUCCUGUUCCCGAGGGGAUUUUCGAUUAUCGUGGGAGUAACUAUGUUGCGGUCAGUCUUUGGGCUCUGGAGAAGGGGGGUGCGAAGGUUGAGGGGUUGGAGCUUGUGGCUGGACCGGUGAUUCAGACGGGGAUGGAGAAGGUUGUGAAUAGUCCUAUGGAUGGGUGGAAAAAGAGGGUGGGGGCUUAUUGA